CUGGAAACUGCCGCCAUGGCACUGAUGCACGCACCCAGCCUCCGUGCCUUGGGUCCCGAUGGCGGGACUCCUGGCAUUCAGCGGUUCCACAUGCGCCGUGUGGCCAGUGGCAGCUGGAUGAAGUCAGGAGUCCAAAUGGGUUCAGCUUUCGUGAUGAUGCAGCAUGCCAUCAGCACCUUGAGGAAAACGAAUCGGCGUGGCGACAGCCACCGUUUCAGCAUCACGGCGAGAGCUAGCGCUCCAAGCUUCACCGCCAACGAUGUGGUGGUCGUUUAUGACCGAAACUCCAAGGUGGCUGGUGAAGUGGUGGUUGCUGUGGAGAAGGACUCGGCCAUGGCGCCCAAGAAAGUGGACUAUGCGGUGCUGCCGUCCAGCGAUGCCAGCAGUCUGGCCGAGUUGGCGCGGCAGCGCGGGCUCACGGAGAAGGAGAUGAAGCGCCUUACGAAGACGCACUCCGCCUCGGCGGUGCUGCCCAGUGGGGCAUUGAUACAGAACCUGGAGUUGGAUCCCUGGCCAUUGCUGCGUGAGCUGCGAUAUCGCACCUGUUUGGAGUAUCCGAAGCUGGACGAAUGGAAGGAGAUGGAGGAGAAGUACUUUGUCCCGCUGCGGUCAAUGAAAGGUCCUUGGUGGAAGCAGCCAGAGGCUUUGGACUUGUUGGCGAAGCAACUAGACGAGGUUGGUUUCGUGAUAAUUGAUGACUUCUUGCCUGAAAACAUGGCUCGCGCAAUGAAGGCGAGCAACAUGAAGCUCUAUGAGGAGUCGGAGAUGCAGGAGGGAGCCACCACUGGUGGCAGCGAGAGGGUUGGCAUCCCGCAUCGCGGUGACGUGCUGAAGUGGAUUGGUUACGACGGAGAAAGUGAGGCCAGUCGCUGCGUCAGCGCCUUUGUGGAGCACAUUGAGCAGUCCAUGCUGGCCAUUGGCGACGCAGCCAGCACGGUGGCGCCUGAGGUGGCGCGGGCGGUGUCCAGUGUGAAGUGGCGUUCCGAGACGAUGCUCACUUGCUACCCGGGAAAAAACCGCGCGCGAUAUUUUCGUCACACGGACAACUCCUCGGGCAACGGGCGGCUGCUGACCGCCUUGGUCUAUCUCAACGAGAACUGGCAGCAGGGUGAUGGCGGGGAACUGCGGCUCUUCUACCCAGGAGAGAAGAAUCUGAAGGUGCGAAUGGAGGUGGAACCUCUGUGGAACCGGCUGCUGCUCUUUUGGUCGGAUGAUCGAAGUCCCCAUGAAGUCCUCUCCACCUGCAAAGAUCGCUUCGCGGCCACGGUUUGGUUCUAUGACCAGACCAACCCAACCAUUCCCUUGACGGAAGUUGGGAGCAUUUCUACAGGCAGCGCCGCAGCACCCGCGCCGCUGGACGACAGCGACACCACCCAAAAACAAGCGCCGGAGACGCCGGCUGCCGAGGUGAUGGCGAAGGUGGAGGAAACUGCGCCUGGGCUAAUCUUGUUCUACGACGGAAGUGAUGCAGAGAUGGUUGAGCUGUCAGAGAGCUUGGAUGCCACCUGCCGCCGGGUAGACUUGCGCAGUGGCGAUGUGGAGGAGGCCCUGGGACAAGCGGGCGAGCCAUGGGUCACGAUGCUGGCAGAUGGUGCUGAUGCAGUGAUCCAGGAGGCGGGUCCUUUGUUCCUUUGCCUUCCCAACGGUGAAGUGCUGAAGAACGGGCAGAAGGAACGAUGGAUGCUGGAGUGAUUGGGAUGUGGCACUGACUUACUGAUGGUUAAGUUGAAGUGCUUGGGGAAAAAUUAGUGAUUGCAAGCACACUGGGG